AUGCGUCCCAAAGUGGGACACAUGCCGGGGUUGCGGAUCCAGCAGGAGGAGGAGGAGGAGGAGGAGGAGGAGGAGGAGGAAGGGCCCAUGGGAGCACGAAAGCGGCGAAGUAUGCCGGGGUCCCCGAAAAAUCCCCUCGGCGGCGUUUGUGGACGAGUCCACACCUCGGAGCCCCGAGGCGGGGCUGGCGAGGCGUCGCCCAGCGCGCCCUCCCCUCGGCGAUGGCAUGCGGGGGCGGGGUGGAGGGCAGCAGCUUCCGCAGUUGGGCUCUCCGACGCUGGGAGGCGCUGGGGCGCCAGCGUGUCAGGGAAAAUGCCCGGCGGCGGGGGCGAAACCAGCCGCACACGGCAGUCGUCGUAG